GGCUGAUGAGGCUAGAGGGGGGAGGCAACACAGGCGCAUUCUGGUGAGAGGCACACGGGAAGCAAGAAGUUGCCUAAUUCUCAUAUUGAAUUAGGCACUUCUUCAUCCCACAUUGCCUCUCAUCGCACUAUAGUAUUAACUGAUAACCCACAGGAACUAAACAACAAUUAAAUCCAAUUAUGGACGGAUUGGUAGGCCUCUUGAAAGUACGAGUGGUGCGUGGGAUUAACCUUGCCUAUCGCGAUGCAAGGGGCAGUGAUCCAUAUGUUGUCCUUCGCCUCGGCAAGCAAAAACUGAAGACAAGUGUAAAGAAGAGAUCUGUGAACCCUAUUUGGCAUGAAGAGCUAACUCUGUCAAUCACAAACCGUACUGCUCCAAUUAAGCUUGAGGUGUUUGACAAGGACACUUUCAGUAGAGAUGACCCAAUGGGAGAUGCAGAAAUAGACCUAGAGCCUUUAAUGGAGGUUCUGAACCUGGAUCCAGAGAAUAUCCGGAACGGUACCAUCGUAAGUACGAUUCGACCAUGCAACCAGAACUGCCUUGCUGAUGAGAGUCACCUAUGCUGGAGGAACGGCAAAUUUGUCCAGGACAUCAUUCUCCGGCUGAGAAACGUCGAGAGCGGUGAGCUGCAACUACAACUGCAAUGGGUGAAAAUUCCUGGGAGGCACUAACUAAUGACCAUUUGGGGAUCUUAGCUACUGAGACAUCAUCGACAUGUUCGAAUGCCAAAACAAAUAUUCUGCAAAUGAAUAAUGCCAACCACGUUGCGACCGUGGGGCUGUUGUAACCGGAAAAUACUGUACAAAAAUGAAAAUCAUGUCAACCACGUUGUGAUCAUGAGGUUGUAACCAGCAAAGGGUUCAUCAGAUUAGCCAAUAUCUGUAGGAAGGGGAAAUGGUGUUUAAUGUUGUUGCCGAAAUGUAUGCAGGGCGAGAUCUGUAAAAGCUUGGGGUGACAUAAUCAAAUACAAAACAUAGGAACCUGUUUGCUUGUGUUUGGAACAAAUCAACAACAAACGAUGUCUCUCAUGUGGAAUUUUUCU